GAGCGCUCCCGCGGGCUGGGCGGAGCGGGCAGGUAGCGGCUCCAGCGCCCGGACUGCGCCAAGCCUGCAAACCAGGGCCGCCAGCGCCACCGUGCCGGCGACGCCUCCUCGCCACGGAGUCAUGGUGCGCGGAGCGCGCACGCCGCGCGCGGGACUCUGAGCUCCGACUGCGCGGGGCGCCUCCACCUCCCCUGUCUCUUCGGGAGACCUCGCUCCCCGCCGACCUCGCUCGCGGGCCAUGAAGCUUCGGCCCGGAACCUCUUGCCUCUGAGCUGCGCAGCGCCCGUUCCAGCUCCAGCGCCGCUUGGCCGCAGGCAGCGCUCCGGCCCCUGAAGCUCUCCAUCCUCUCCCAGGGACGGUACCCGGCGCUGAGAUGGCGCUCCGCGGGACUCCUCGGCGGCGCAAAGUUCGCGGGCGGAGAGAGAUGCUGCCGCAGCAAAUUGGCUUCGUGUGCGCGGUGCUGGCCCUGGUGUAUUGUGCGUCCGGCCUCUUCGGCAGCUUGGGGCCCAAAACAGCUUCUGCUAGUAAAUAUACUCUACAAGACACGUGGAGAAAUAGGAAGUUGAUGGCACCGGUGAAUGGAACUCAUACGGCUAAGAACUGCACAGAUCCUGCGAUUCACGAGUUCCCCACGGACCUGUUCUCCAAUAAGGAGCGGCAGCACGGAGCUGUCCUGCUGCAUAUCCUCGGUGCUCUCUACAUGUUCUACGCCUUGGCCAUAGUGUGUGACGACUUCUUUGUUCCAUCGCUAGAGAAGAUCUGUGAGAGACUUCAUCUCAGUGAAGAUGUGGCUGGAGCCACGUUCAUGGCUGCGGGAAGCUCGACCCCAGAGCUGUUUGCCUCCGUCAUCGGUGUCUUCAUCACCCAUGGAGACGUCGGGGUGGGAACCAUCGUGGGCUCCGCAGUGUUCAACAUCCUGUGUAUCAUCGGAGUGUGUGGGCUGUUCGCUGGCCAGGUGGUCCGUCUGACGUGGUGGGCUGUGUGCCGAGACUCCGUGUACUACACACUCUCCGUCAUCGUGCUCAUUGCGUUUAUCUAUGAUGAAGAAAUUGUGUGGUGGGAAGGCCUGGUGCUCAUCAUCUUGUACGUGUUUUACAUUCUGAUCAUGAAGUACAAUGUGAAGAUGCAAGCCUUUUUCACCACCAAACAAAAGAGCAUUGCAAAUGGCAACCCCGCCAACAGUGAGCUGGAAGAUGUGAAGGAGAAGCCACAAUACGGCAAAAACCCCGUGGUGAUGGUGGAUGAGAUCAUGAGCUCCAGCCCUCCCAAGUUCAGCUUCCCAGAGGCUGGUUUACGCAUCAUGAUCACCAAUAAGUUUGGGCCCAGGACUCGACUACGGAUGGCCAGCAGGAUCAUAAUUAACGAGCGGCAGAGACUGAUCAACUCAGCCAACAGUGUGAGCAACAAGCCACUUCAGAACGGGAGACACGAGAACAUGGAGAACGGGAACGUUCCUGGGGAAAACCCGGAGGACCCCCAGCAGGAUCAGGAGCAGCAGCCGCCACCCCAGCCACCACCCCCAGAGCCAGAGGCAGUGGAGACUGUUUUCCUGUCGCCCUUCUCCAUGCCGCAGGCCAGAGGGGACAAGGCCAAGUGGGUGUUCACAUGGCCACUCAUCUUCCUCCUGUGCAUCACCAUCCCCAACUGCAGCAAGCCCCGCUGGGAGAGGUUCUUCAUGGUCACCUUCGUCACCGCCACGCUGUGGAUCGCCGUCUUCUCCUACCUCAUGGUGUGGCUGGUGACUAUCAUCGGAUACACAUUUGGGAUCCCCGAUGUUAUCAUGGGCAUCACUUUCCUGGCCGCAGGCACAAGUGUCCCAGACUGCAUGGCCAGCUUGAUUGUGGCCAGACAAGGCCUCGGAGACAUGGCGGUCUCUAACACCAUAGGAAGCAACGUGUUUGACAUUUUAGUAGGACUCGGCAUCCCGUGGGGCCUGCAGACCAUGGUUAUUAAUUACGGAUCCACAGUGAAGAUCAACAGCCGGGGUCUGGUCUAUUCCGUGGUGCUGCUGCUGGGUUCCGUCGCUCUCACCGUCCUAGGUAUCCACCUCAACAAAUGGCGGCUGGACCGGAAGCUGGGCGUCUACGUGCUUGUCCUCUAUGCUGUCUUCCUGUGCUUCUCCAUAAUGAUAGAGUUUAACGUCUUCACCUUCGUCAACUUGCCCAUGUGCCGAGAGGACGAAUAAGCGGAGCUGCCACCCCGGGAGCUGCCUUGGCCCCCCGUGACGCUGGUGACCUCUUCUUUCCCUCCUUCCCCACCACAGGUCUGUCCUGCCUCGGCAGCCACCAUCUGUUCUUCAUGAGCUGGAAGGAAGGGCCGUUGUGGUCUUUGUGUAGUCACAGGCCAGCUGCUGGGCGUGCCUCCUGGAGUCCUGCCCCACUCGAGGCAGGUUUGGGGAUUCAUUUGGGCUGAGCAGCUCCACAGACCCUUGAGCUGCCAGGCACAGGGAUGUGUGUCUCAUCUCUCCUGCACACUGUAGUCAGAGGACCUCUGCGUGGUUUUCUUUCUAUUGCCAGGCAGCCUUGGAAUGAGGCAGUCAGUGAGUGUAAGGUCUCCUGGGGCGAGUGCAAAAUGGGACAGUUGCUCUCAAGUGUCCCCUCUGGGCCACAGGGGCAAGCCCCUUGUACAGCAUGUGCCACCAGCUGGCAGCUCUUGAGCUUUGGAAGAGGCAAGGCAUCAGCCUGCUGGGGUUUGAGACCAUGAUGGCUGACUUUCCACUUCUUUUUCUGGAAAAAAAAAUUGGAAGAAUGGAAACUUUUUCUUCCCAGCAGAAGAGAGAAAAGCAAACAAAAUACUCUUAAUAUCCUUUUUAUUGAUGCAUUCAAAGAAUGAGCAAUGAAAUAUUAAAAAUAAAACGUCAUAUAGAUCAUCAUACUUGAAAAAUAUCAUUCCACACAAAAGGAUCAUGAUGGGACCAAAAAGAUAACCCUUGUAGAAAGUGAAUCCUGUGUGUAUCAUUGUGCUUUGGCUCUAAGACUUCUGGUUUGGAAUUUAGAAAGAGGUGAAAGACCACCAUGGAAUCAGGUGCUAACUCAGAGACACGGUAGGGUAAACUGCAACAUUUACAGCUAGAUAUUCCAGAACAUUCCAGACCUUCUGUAUGAUGCAGCACACUGUCCCUUCAAGCAUGUUGUUUCUUGCUUUUGCUCUAUUUUCAAAACCAGCUGUGGAAAGACCCAGUUGUUUAUAUGUCCAACAAAUUUCAGAAGUGAUGGCUCAUGACAAGAAGAGAGAUUUGCUGAAACACACCAAAUUGCUCUCUGGUUAGCUGAUGGCAAAUAUGAAAACCAUAUCUUAGAGCAUUUAGAUCUAAGUUUCUUGAACCUUAUAGUUUGCUACACAUGAAAGUGGGGGGGUGGGAGUUGAUUCAAAAAUAGAUAGAAAAUAUGAGACAAUGUUAAGCUUCUUCAUAGUUCUAAAUAUACAUAUAUAUUUAAAGAUUUAUGAACAUAAACCAUUCUUGGGUUCUAAAAGGAAAGCACAAAUUAAUUUUAUAUAGAGUGGUUUUUUUAUUUUUUUAAUGUUUCUAUUGCAAAAGUCUAUCAGAUGCGAUGCACUUUUAAUAUUGAGAUAUUUUGCACAAGGUAUGGGACUGACCCAUAACGAUGUGAGAAGAAAGGAUUUUAGUGAUUCACCAGAAAUCACUUUAAACUUGGUAAUGAUGAGUUUAAAUCCAGUAGCUAAUCCCUUCCUGAGACAUGGGACUCAUGACCCAUCUGGAAAUUUCUAACUAUGCUCUUUAAGGCCUCUGGAAUUUCCAAAGGAGGAAGUGUUCAAGCUUGUAUCCCUUAAGUUCCUGUAAGCAUGAACUCACCAUGGGAUCUCAUUCCUAUUACCAGGCUUCUCUUUGGGGUUCACAUCAGUAUUAGUAGCUGCACCAAGUCAAAGCUUCACUUUUUGUCCCUCUUCCUGGAUAUUGGGCUCAGCAGUCUUCAAAUUGAAACAAGAGUGAUUUUCCUAAGAAAUUAGCUAAGCAGGAAGGGAGGAAGCCCAUCGAUGCGUUGGUAUAAACUGUAGCUUUACAGGGUUUCAGAGCCACUGGAGACCACGCUGUGCUGAUAGCUUAGAUCACCUGGGACACACACACACACACACACACACACACACACACACACCUGUUUCACAGACUCAUGCAGGUUCUGAGUUCUUCUGUUUCCAUUUUGAUUCUCCUAACCACCCUGUGAUAUAAGUAUGGAUUAUUCCAUUUAAUACCCAGUUUGGUCUUAGAGAGGUCAAGUGGUUCCAGUUACUGGCCAGUAAGUAGCAGUACUGAGCCAGGUAUCAGCCCAGCGCCCUCCCAGCUCAGCCAGGGGACGUGGUUGUCCAGCCUGAAGUAGUGGGUGUGGCUAUACAUGGCUAUGCCUUUGCGCUUGUCUGGGGCAAAACCUUAUCAAAUAUCUAAUUAGCUCCUCCUUCUCCAGGUCAUCUCCUAACAUCUGUCCAUCUCUGAUCUUCCUAUUUUUUUUUCCUGCAAAAGACCAAAAACUCUUUUUAGUUAUGAUAAGGCACAGGCCACCUAACCUCUGAAGAAUUCCCUGCUGGUUUUCAAUUCUCUGAAAUCCUUGUAUAGCUUUCAGAGAACAUUUCCCUCAUCUUCUUCCACAGAAUCCAUUUGAGGUUAUACAGUAUACUGCAGGUGCAGUUAGAGGUUUAAAACAUUAUAUUUUUAAUAUGCAGUACACUCCUCUUGGAUAGUUUUCUUUGGACUUCAAUGUGCCAAUGUAACUUCCUUAAAGGCUCUAUGCAUUUAUUAUAUCUAGGAAACUAUAUGUACACUAUAAUCAAAAAUUCUCUUUUUAACUAACUAUUUUUCCAUUGCUACUUUAAAGAAUUCCUUGAGAAUUUAAGUCUUCAUUUUUUAAAACAACACUUUCGCCAUUAUGCAGGAUUACUUCCUUUAUUGUAUCCCCGUGGCUAAUUAGUUCAUUAGCAAAGGGUAAUUACUUCUGCUACAAAAAUAGUCAAAAAGCUACAUGUAGUUCUUCCUACCGGGAGGCAGAAAGUCAAAAUGAACCUUCGCACUCCAAUGGCAAAUGUCCAUAGAAGCGGGAGCAGGCGGUCCCUGCCACUUUCUGACUGGGAACUUACCCUCGCCAGCCUGAGCACCGUGGGGGAUGGGGUGCGGUAUCUUGGGAAGCUGGCCCUGGGGAUCAUUCUGGGUUAGCUGCCCUGAGACACUGAAAGUGGAGGGCACUGUGGGCAGGUCUGUCUUGUCCCUUCCCCAGCCCUGUCCUUCCUGGAACUCAGUCUCUAGUCAGCUGUCCCUGUGCUCCUCCACCUUGUCUCUUGUGUCUCUGCCUUGUGCACAGACCUGGCUGCCCUUUUGACUUUUACCUGCUCAUUACCCCCCUCACCCGUGAGGGCAUCCUCUCGCUUUUCCCCGGCUACUCCCAGCUUUUGCAGACCUGGCACUGAAAAGGCACAGACUUUCCUGCAGCCAGGUUGAACCAGGUGAGGUUUGCACCCCACUCAAGGUCAGCCCUGCGGACCCCAACCAAAGACCCCCCCCCAAUCCUGGGCUGCCCCGUCCUUGUGCACCUGCUGUUCCGUGGUGAUGAGGCCUCACAGCCUGGGCACAGCUGCUGCCACCCCUCAGAGCACCGAGCCCCCAGCAGGUGGUCUCGGAAAGGUAUGGGUGCAUCCCUGCCCUGUACCCCUCUGUUCUGGCCUUUCUCCUUCGUGAAUCCUACAACCCCUUCCUCGCCUUAAUGUGGGAGGAGGCCCAGGGACAGGAGGGACCAGGAAAGGGCCAUUCAUUGCCCCUGGGAAAGCAGGCAAGAAGCCCAGAGCCAGAGCCCAGGCUAAGGCUGCCUUCUCCUCCCUUCCUUGCUUUCCUGAGUGUGCAAUGGGCACAUGGGGCUGAGACAGUAGAACAGUGGGGUCCUGUUCCACCUUUUGGAGUUUCCCCAGAAGUCAGCAGCUGAGAAGUCUGAGAGCUCCAGUGCCCCUGGAUGCACUGUGGACACGGCAUGGGCCCUUAGGGGAGGGCUCGCCACACCUCAGAUAUCUCCCACGGGGUCCCUAACACUCUCCAACACAGUUUCCAUGGGCUCAACCUUCCCUGCGGACAGCAGAUAUGUCCCAGACACCUGAGACAGACGACAUCUGCAGGCCACUCUCCUGCCACACUGUGAGCAGGUGGGUGUCCACGUACCAUUGAGAGAAGGAGCCUUUCUUCCCAUUCUGCCACCUAUAGGAGGUUUCUGCAGGGAAGCCCGAUGAAUGGCAUUAGAGCUUUGAAUGUUUCAGGGGAGCGUGUAAAAAAUUUCAACAACAAAUGGCUUCCAGGUUGCAUUUGUCUUCGCUGAACCCUUAAACACUGAAGACACAUGCCCUGCUUUGUGUCAUCUUUGGCGUCUUUUUUCUAAGACACUUUGCUACUCCUACGGUGUCGGUGUCCAGUUGUCCAAGUUGUGCAUCUUCCUCUCUCUUCUUAGCAGGGGCUAAGAACUUGCUCUUACAGCCUGAAUGCCCUGGCACAGGACUGGGGCCUGUGGGAAGCAUCUCUAAGAGGCAAAACACACAUUGCCUGUGUGAAGGUCAAGGCCUUGUCUGUGUGACUUUUCUGUCCGUUAGAGUUCCCGAGCUGGGGUGUGGCCGUUCCUUGGUUAAAAGCCCAUUGACAGGUCUGGGCACUGUCCACACCUAUUCCUGCUCUGUUGCCAGAAUCCGCACAGUUGCUCCUUAUGAAUCAUGUUAGUCAUGUUAGCUGGGAUUUUGCCAUUUACAAGGCCAACGGAACCCUCAGUCCUGGAGAAAGCGUGUACCCUCUGCUUCUGGUCACUGGAAAACAAUUUUUUUGGGAGAGAGACCAUGCAGCUUUUGGUUUUCUAGAUGCAUGGUUUGGAAUAAUCAGGCUUUAUAUAUAGAGGGAGGGUCCCAGAGCACAGAGCCCACCUCUUUAUCACUUCAGAAUUCCCAAUAGAGUCGCCUUCCAACAGGAAGAGGCCUCUCCUCCUCCUGAAGGUGACUUGGCUGUGAGCAAGGCUGCUGCUUCCUGAAUGUUCUAGUGGGCUCUUCAGGCGCCUGGGAACCUUGCCUCACUUCACACCUUAGCCCCUCUGAGCUGUAGACCCCAUGACUCUUUCUCUGCUUCCCCAUGGGGCUCACACUAGGGGUAUUUGGGGACCUAGCAGAGUUGUGGCUGAGCCACUGGGGUUGAGGAUCCCAUCGGGUGGGGAGGCCUCACGCGUAAGACUGGGCUUCCAGUUUACAGCACUCGUUCCCUGGCAGGGUGCCUCUGCCUGCAUCUCCCGUCCAGCUGGGAGCAGUUGCUGGUGUCUGAAUACAAAGAGAGCUUUGAUUGCCCAGAGAGGAAAGAGACUGCUGGCCAGCUGGGGCCAGCCCCAGGGCAGACGUAGGAUCACCAAGGCAGAGCCGAGCAGGGUGGAGAGGAAGGCUGGCGAGGUUUCCCCAGGGUGUUUGGAUCUUCUUGGGGCAUAGCCAGAGCUUCCUUAUAAACAACCCAAACCCAAGUUCUGGGACUGUCCACACAUGGCUUAAGGCUCCACAAGACAUUUCUGGCAUCCUGGGCUGAGUGCUGCCAUCUUUGUUCAUUACCUUCAACAGGCAGAGCAGGAGCUAUGGGUCAGAAAGCUGUAAAUAAUAAAUAUAUUUAUGCCGCUAUUUAUUUUUUCAAUACCUGUGGCCUCCUGCACUGUGAAUGCUCUGUGAUAUGAGAUUCUUAGCUUAAUAAAACUGUCAUCAAAAUUGAAUGAAUUGAUAUUACUGGUUCCUAAACACCGGCAUGAGUUUACUUUUAUUGUAAAGAAAAAUCUAGAGUAAAUAUGAACUAAACUUUCCUGAGAAAUCUAGCGGUCAGUAUUGUAAUGCAAUAUAUCAAAAAAUCUGUACGCCGUCAAUAAAAUAAACGAGCACAAGUUGUCUUGCCCCAUGUAGAGCUUCCAUUCACAUUUUCAGAGACACAUACAUAUUUGUAUUUUUUGAAAGAAUUACACUGGAAUAACAGCCAUUGGAAACCAUUUCUAUUUGCAUAUUGAGAAAAAAUAAACUUUAAAAAGGAUUCGA